UUAUAUCCUCUUCUUUUUUUUUUUUAAUCAUUUAUUUAUUUACUCAAGUUUUUUUUUUAUAAAUUCAAAACAUCGAAGGAAAAAAAACGAAAAUCUUCCCUAUAUCAAAACCCAACCCUUUGGUUUUCUUUCAGUAAUGGUGUUGUGAUAAAUAUCAGAAAACCAGUUAAUUUGCGUCUUCUCUUCCCGAAGCUUUGUUGGCGGCAAAGCGUGCGUUGAUUCUCAUGGCGCCUUCGAAGCUUUUCGUCUUCGCUCUUUCCGUUGCCCUAAUUUUCGUCAUCGGUAGUUCCGAAGCCGACGUUUCAAUCGAGGAUUCUGAUUCAUCUGCUCUCAAGAUCCAAUUAGAUCAACUUAACACCAAGAUCCAAUUUCUCGAGUCUCAAAUCAGUGAGAAGUCUCAGGAAUUGAAGAAGAAGGAUGAGAUAAUAGCAGAGAAAGAAAAGCUUUUCAAUGAUAGGUCUAGUGCUAUUCAGUCGUUGCAGAAUGAGGUCGAUUCUCUCCAGAAAAAAGGAUCAUUGGAUGCUGAGGAGCGGGUUGUAAAGGCUAAUGCACGUGCUGAUGAACUACAGAAGCAGGUGGACAAGCUUAAAAGUGAACUUGACACGCAAAACAGCGAGAAAGGGACCUGGGAAACUCGGGUAAAUGAAUUAGAGAAAAAGAUUCCUGUUUUGAACUCAAAAUUAGAGAAGAUUCAAAAGAUAAACGAGGAACAGAAGAAGCAAAUCCGCAAAACUGAACGCGCUCUUAAAGUUGCUGAGGAAGAAAUGUUGAAGGCAAAGCUAGAGGCAACUUACAGAGCAAAAGAGCUGAGCGAGACUCACGGUGCUUGGCUUCCGCCUUGGCUUGCUGUACACUACCUUCGUAGUAAGUCUGUGGUUGAGACUCAUUGGAAUGAACAUGGGAAGCCUCUAUUGGAAGUGAUAACUCAAAAGGCCCUAGAGAAAAAGGCACAAGCUGGAAAGUGGGCUGAACCUCAUUUGGAAACAGUUAAAACUAAAUGGAUCCCAACUGUGAAUGAACACUGGUCUGUGGUGAAAACAAAGGUUGAUCCUCAUGUUCAACUACUGACUACAAAGACUGUUGAAGUUUACAAGUCCUCAAAGGAUGCACUUACUCCCCACUUAAACAAGGGAUUAGAAUGUGUAGACCCUUAUUAUCAGGAAGUUCGAAAGUUUAGCAAGCCAUACAUAGAUCAGGUCGCUACUGCCGCUAAGCCUCACGUCGAGAAAGUACAAGUAGUUCUGAAGCCCUACACAAAGAAGGUUGUUCAUGCUUAUGGGAAUUUCUUGGAAUCAGCCACUGCAUAUCAUAGCCAGGUCCAAGCUACUGUCCAGGAGACACUGAAAAAACACGAACUUACUAGACCUCUUGCUACAAAAGAAUUGGAAUGGUUUGCGGCCUCUGCUCUUUUGGCCUUGCCUAUAAUUUUACUAGCUAGAGUUUUUUCAGCCAUUUUCGGUAGCAAAAAGGCGGUUAAACCUGCUCGAAGUGGAAACACCCACCAUGCUCGUCGUAAAGCUAAGCGAGGUCAUCCAGACAAGUAGAUAACAUGAAGUUGGCUCCUGGUUUAUUUUUUUCGGAGAGAAGUUUAGAUGGCUGGCACAUUGGGGCAUGCAUAUUUAUUUUUAUGCGGGGUUUGAAUAUUUCACUUCUUUUUGUUAGGAAAAUUAGGACAUUUCACUGUAGAGCUUGGCACUCCCAAUAUUGUUGGGAAUUCAUGUACUAUGGCUGUUAUAUCUGUUAUUAGACCAAGCACUCACACUUUUCUGACUAUUACUUUGUUUUCUUUUCUUAUUUAAAUUUAUAGACGAUAGUCAAAAUAUUCCACUUAA